AUCCGGGACAAAAGUCGCGGGGUUGGGGCGUGGUGCACACAACUUCUUGGCCUUGCCCAUGAGUUUGGACAGGGUGGGGAUCAAGAAAGCACCAGUCUUGCCGGAACCUAGGAAAGAUUAUCAGGUUGUGGGUGAUGGUUGAGAGUAUUGGAGAAGACCUACCGGUCUGGGCACAGGCGACAAUAUCAUGACCCUGGAAGAUGGCGGGCAAUGUGUAGCACUGAACAGGUGUGGGAACGGUAUAGCCAGCCAGACGAACAUUGGCAAGCAUGACAGGGUGGAGUCCGGCAUCAUCAAAGCUGAGAACAGGCUUGAUGCGAAUGGUGCCCUCUUGGACAACAUUGAUGGAGGUAACACUGCAAAAGAUUAGAAGAGAACGGGAAUGGAGGAGCAAGAAACAUACCCAGAGAAAUCGAUGCCAGUAGUAACGUGGACAUCAGAUCCGAAGAGCUGCUUCUCAAGAACAGGGUGAGCUGGGCCCACGUCGCCAAACUCGUCACACCACUCAUACACAGUGGCGUUGUUGGCCCAUCCCUCAUCCUGGAGAACGUCGCCAGGAGCGAGAAUAGGGCCUUCACCCUCAGCGGCGCGGCGCUCGGCCUCGGUCAUGUUGUAGGCCGCAUAGUUAUAUGCGACACGGGUGGCAUGGCCGCUCUGCUUGAUCCACUCGGAGUGGCGGGGAUCCUCUGGGAGGUUGGGGUCGAAAGGGCUACGAACCUCCUCGUCCUUGCCAUCUUCCUUGCCAUCAGGCAAAACAGGAGCAGCAACGUCUGCUGACAUUGUUGCGGAUUGUGUCUGCUCGGGGGAUGUCAGUUUGGUGGGUUGGUGGAUGUGGAGAGAGGAUAAAAAGGUGAGAUGGUGAGGUGGUGAGAAGGUGAUGGGAGGGAAACAUUGAGGUGGGUUCUUUGUUGUGGGUGUUGCCCAUAGUGUCAAAGAGGCCCAAGAGACCCAACUGAUGGAAACUGGCAGAACCAACUGUCCACCAGGUCAUCCAUCUUUGAUAGGUGGUGUCCGAUCUGUGAAGUUGGAGAUAGGAAUAAAAAGGUGAGGAUAGUAGAUUGAAACGUGAAUAAUGGACAGCAAAACAAAGACCGGAAGGAUACAUACACUGUAGGUCAGGUUUCAACAGGUUUGUUGGAGGUCUAUGAUCAAAGGAAGUAAGUACAAAGCCACAUCUCAUACUGUCAAUAUCGUAUCCACCUUGAAGGAUGCUUUCUGUGUGUCCAUCAUGUUAUGGAACGCGUGUUUAUACCUUUCCUCAAGAUGGAGAUAGCUUCAUAUGAGAAUGGCAACAUACCUUUUGAUAGUAGAAUAGCAAACCUCCUGAAUCUAAAGGAGGAUAUGAAGGAGAAACGUUUUCAAAGUCACAGAAUGACCCCUUGAAGACGUUGAGGAUGUGGAGAGAGAAAUAAGGAAGAAAGGAGGAAGAGAGGAGAGGGAAAGAAAACAAGAAGCCUCUCUCUGCAGUGAACUCACAUACGAUUGCAGUGCGCUUAGCUAAAUCAAUGCUAGCGAGCCCUUUCACUCAUGAGAACAAUAGUUUUCCCGAGUCCGAGUCCUUAUUCCCGACGCUGAUUGGCUAAGAGGAGGAGCAUCAUAGUAGAGAUUCGCUUCGAUAGGCGUUACGGCGCUAAACGCUUUCCAUAGGAUUUUGGCCUCGAUAUUGCCUAAUCGGGAAGUUAUGUACCUUUGUACGUUUAGUAUAUAACGACUGCUUAGUCGCCCGGCCGGAGGUAACCGUCCACAAACGCCGACGACCACAUUUCGAAAGACCGACACCGACUGCACCCUAUACUGCCCGCCAUACUGUCCGCUAUGGCUGACGAAGAAGAGAUCCCAAUUGAUGUCCAAGGAUAUCUGAGCAUUACUGGUAUGCCGGCUUACAACCCGGCAUAUCCUCCUCGGGGGAUCCCCCUCCGACCUCUCCCUGGUGCCGGUGCUGCGGUGGUGGCACCACCACCACCAUCUGGGUGGGACGCUCCGGCGUCCUGGGACGUCAUCCGACGUCUCAGUUUCAACCCAUUCUUAGCACCACCGCCAGCACCGGUGCCAGUCCCGGAGAGGCCACCCCCACCCCCUCCAGCUGCCCGCACUCCUUCUCCCGCGGCCCCUCGCACCCCAUCUCCUCCUCCACCACCACCACCGCCACCCCGAACUCCGAGCCCAGCUCACCUCCGCCCGUCGGCCUCCACCCGACGCGCAAACCCCGCGGACGUCGCACGCCAAACUGCGGCUCUCCAGGCCCUGAAUCGAUUUGCGUCGAACCGCGAGGCUGCCGAUGCAUCCGAGGCCGCCGCAUCCGCCAUCUCAGCUGACGUUAUCGCAUCAGCUCCCGACCCAGUUGCAGCCGAGGAAGAGGCCACCGAAGCACACAGGGCCUUCCACCGCGAGCUCACCCUCGCCAUGCUCGAGGGAACCGCAUACGUCUAUCCCGAUGGAGAGCCCGUGACUCUCGACGGAGGCCCCAUGCGCAUGGCAGGCCUGGUCGCAUACACCACUGGGGAAGAGGAGCAGCCUGAGCAAUCUUGGGCCGAUUGGUCCAGGGAGAAUCGCUGGAGAAUGCCAGUUGUUUGGGGUGGUGGUGGUGGGGAUCCUAACUUCACCUACUUCGAUCAUGCACAUGAGGCUGGUGCCGAGCCUUUUUGCUUUUCUUGGGGAUGCUGGACCUGCUAUUGUGGCCCGGGAUGCUGUGGUGGUGGUGGUCGCUCUGCCAGGAACAGACGCGCGUGGACUCCUGGGAACUUGGAUUGA